AUGUCCGUGCACGACGAUUCUUGGACGACUGCGCUCAAUGAUUGCAAAACUGCAAAAACGGACCGCCGACGGAUUUCGGACUCGAUGCUGAUGCGACGGAGGCGGAUGCGAGGGGGUCGCCACCUGAGCUACCAGCGUGGCCGUCACGUCGUCCACCCCAAGACCAGCCUGGUGAAGAUUGAGGGUGUUGAUGACACCGCUGCUGCCAACUUCUACCUGGGCAAGAAGGUCGCGUACGUCUACAAGGCUCAGACCGAGAAGCGGGGAACCAAGAUCCGGGUCAUCUGGGGCAAGGUCACCCGGCCACACGGCAACUCGGGUGUCGUCCGCGCCAAGUUCGCCACCCCCCUCCCCGCCAGAUCUUUCGGUGCUUCCGUCCGCAUCAUGCUCUACCCCUCUUCGAUAUAA